GCCCAGCGGGUGCUGUCAAAGGCCAACCCUCUGGAAGACUCGCUCGUCUCCGGGACGUGGCCGGGACAGCAUGGACAUUGCACCAAGUUUGUGGCACCCGCGUUGGGGCUCCCGGUGGGGGACCUCAUUCGUGUCUGCGCCCAGAGCUCAGGGCUGUUUGUAUCAGUAUAAUGUGGAGGGGCCCCGCUGCGACCCCAACGUAAUGGUGGUGACCAAUGACCCACAGUCGGCUGGACGAGCUCCAAGCUCAGAACCCUCCACCUGGUGCGGAAGCCCCACCCCAGAAAUUGUAUCCUUUCACCCCUCCGGUGGCUUCCCUGGGACAGGCCACCUUGCUCACACACAAGAAGGGGACCAACUCAGCCCCCACUCAGCCCCCUUGUCCCUACGCCCCUCCCUUCACAACCUCCUGAUGUCUUUCGAUUUAAAACCUAUCAGGUUCUUAAGCAGACUGCCUCCAGGUGGGCCUGGGUGUGUUCGCAAACUUAGUUUGAACCUGCAGUACCAGCAAGAAGUAAGACCGAGUGUGACAAACAGCUCUCCGAGUGAUGGGCAGGCGCUCUCCAAAGAGUCCCUCGGCCAUGCUCUCCCGCUCUCGUCCCCGUCCCCGGAGAAGGCGAGGGGUGCCCAGCUGGAUUGCUCAGAGGAGCCGCUGUGGACCACCCGGGCCGACGGACGCGUCCACCUGCGUGUCCACCCCACCUGCCCACAGCCGCCCUACACCGUGCACCAGAUGUUCCACGAGGCCCUGGACAAGUACAGGGACCUCAGCGCCCUGGGCUUCAAGCGCCAGGGCGUGUGGGAGCACAUCUCUUACUCCCAGUACUACCUGCUGGCCCGGAGAACCGCCAAGGGCUUCUUGAAGCUCGGCCUGGAGCGGGCCCACAGCGUGGCCAUCCUUGGCUUCAACUCCCCGGAGUGGUUCUUCUCGGCGGUGGGCACGGUGUUUGCAGGGGGCAUCGUCACCGGCAUCUAUACCACCAGCUCCCCGGAGGCCUGUCAGUACAUCGCCCACGACUCCCGCGCCAACAUCAUCGUGGUCGACACACAGAAGCAGCUGGAAAAGAUCUUGAAGAUCUGGAAAAACCUGCCACAUCUGAAGGCCGUAGUGACAUACAGAGAGGCCCCUGCAAGGAAGAUGGCCCGCGUGUACACGAUGCACGAAGUCAUGGGGCUGGGGGACGAGCUGCCGGAGGAGACCCUGGACGCCGUCAUCAGCGCCCAGCAGCCCAACCAGUGCUGUGUGCUGAUCUAUACCUCGGGCACCACCGGGAGCCCCAAGGGCGUGAUGCUGAGUCAGGACAACGUCACGUGGACAGCACGGCACUGCAGCCAGGCCGGCGGCAUCCAGGCGGCGGAAGUCCAGCAGGAGGUGGUGGUCAGCUACCUGCCCCUCAGCCACAUCGCCGCGCAAUUCUACGACUUGUGGACGGGCAUCCAGUGGGGGGCGCACAUCUGCUUCGCCGAGCCUGACGCCCUGCAGGGGAGCCUGGUGAACACGCUGCGGGAGGUGGAGCCCACGUCCCACCUGGGGGUGCCUCGGGUGUGGGAGAAGAUAAUGGAACGCAUCCAGGAGGUGGGGGCUGGGUCCGGCUUCAUCCGGCGCAAGAUGCUGCUGUGGGCCAUGUCGGUGGCCCUGGAGCAGAACGUGACGUGCCCCGGCAGGUGGCCAGGCCGCCGUGCGCCCACCAUACCUUUUUCAUGUGAGCGUGUGGUUCUUCCUGUGGACCGUUCUCCUUCCCCCACCAGUGACCUGAAGUCCUUCGAGGCCAGGCUGGCAGAUUACCUGGUGCUGGCCAAGGUCCGCCAGGCGCUGGGCUUUGCCAGGUGUCGGAAGAACUUCUACGGAGCAGCCCCCUUGACCACAGAGACAGAGCAGUUCUUCCUGGGCCUCAACAUCCACUUGUAUGGCGGCUACGGCCUCAGCGAGACCUCAGGGCCCCACUUCAUAUCCAGCCUCUCCAACCACCGCCCCGGCAGCUCCGGCAAGGUGGUGCCAGGCUGCCUGGUGAAGCUGGUGAACAAGGACGCGGAGGGCGUCGGGGAGAUCUGUCUGUGGGGCCGCACCAUCUUCAUGGGCUACCUAAACAUGGAGGACAAAACGAGCGAGGCCAUCGACGCCGAAGGCUGGCUGCACACAGGCGACACCGGGCGGCUGGACGAGGACGGCUUCCUCUUCAUCACUGGACGCCUCAAAGAGAUAAUCAUCACAGCCGGAGGGGAGAACGUGCCCCCUGUGCCCAUCGAGGAUGCCGUGAAGAUGGAGCUGCCCAUCAUCAGCAACGCCAUGCUCGUCGGGGACCAGAGGAAGUUCCUGUCCAUGCUGCUCACCUUGAAGUGCACGCUGGACCCAGACGCCUGUCACCCAACGGACCACCUGACCGAGCAAGCCGUGCAGUUCUGCCGGCAGGUGGGGAGCAGCGCCACCACCGUGUCUGAGAUCGUGGGGAGGAGGGACGAGGCCGUGUACCGGGCCAUUGAAGAAGGGAUUCAGAGAGUCAACAGGAAGGCAGCCGCCCAACCCUACCACAUCCAGAAGUGGGCCAUUCUCCAGAAGGACUUCUCCGUGGCAGGGGGAGAGCUGGGUCCCACGUUGAAACUGAAACGGUUCACAGUCCUGGACAAGUACAAAGACGUCAUCGAUUCCUUUUACCAGGAGCAGAAAAAGUGACAGGGGGACAUCCUCCCAGUCUCUGCCGAAGACGGCAGGCCUCCCGGGGACAUCCUGAGCUCCAGGUGCCCUUGGGUCUGGGAGGUCUCCAGGUCAGGGUGAGGCAGUGACGCUUUGCCGACGGCAGCUGACAAUUCCAGGAAGCUUCGCGCGGGGGUACUUUUCGUUUUCAGCAUUGCCUUUUGUUCAGGUGACACGUGAGCUCGGCUCUCCCUCCAGAGCUGACGGGAGGGCGGGG